AUGGACUCUAAAGGAAAGGAGGUGGUGGUCGAUGUGCCAUCGAAGGACCCACAGAAGAGCGACACCAUCAAUGAGAGGAAAAAGAAGGAGCAUGAGCGCAAGAUGAGCGAGGAGGACAUGUUCAUCAAGGAGGAGGUGGAGCUGCUUGUGGCGCGAGCCGCCGACAGCGAUGUGGGUAUCGCCAAGAUUGCGGUGGAGCGCCUGGUGGAUCUUCUUCAAACAAGCAGCAGCAGUAGCCUGGCUGCCGUACCACCGCCGCUGAAGCACGUCCGUGCUUUGUAUCCGCAGCUGGAGGCGGCGCUCAAGAGCUCCCAGGACCCCUCUGUCUCGCGUCGCCUGCACGACCUCCUCUCCUUCAUCUCCAUGACGCUAGAGUCAGGCAGUAGCGGCCGCACACUACUGGAGCACAAACUCAAGGGUACGAAGAACGACUUGGCGCAGUGGGGCCACGAGUAUCUCCGCUUUCUCGCCGGCGCCAUCAGUGAGGAGUGGCGCGAGCGGCCCGCCAACAAGGAGUCGACCGACUCCCUGAAUGGCUUUGUGGAUCAGAUCGUGUCCUACAUGUUGGCACACCAAGACGAAGCGACGGCGAUCGACUUGCUCAUGGAGAUCGACAGCGUCGUGCGCAUUCUGCCGCUCGUGGAGGCGUCUAACUACAAGCGGAUUGCAAGCUACAUCGCGGCAAUCAGCAAGUAUUUGACUCGCCCCUCGGACAGCGAGGCGCUGCGUACGGUGUACGAUAUCUACAAGAAGAUGCGGGCCUACCCAGAUGCGUCGCUCAUCGCCCUCAUGCUGAACGAUCGCAGCCUCGUUGCACAGCUGUUCAGGGAAUGUACAGACAAACCAAGCCGCCUGCAAAUGGCGUUGUUGUGUGCCAGGCAGAAGUGCUUCCUUGAUCUGGAUUGUGAGGAGGACGAACUCUUACAGGAUGCGAAUGGCAACAUGGGUCUCUCGCAGCUGUACCGCCACACGGCGCAGGAGCUCGGCUCCAUGGCUCCUAAGACUCUGGAGGAGGUGUUCAAGAUGUCGGCAGAUGAGAAAAACGGUCCGAAGGACCUGCAGAACAACUUGGUCUGUGCGUUUGUGAGCGGCCUGGCAAACUGCGGCUACGGCACUGACAAGUUCCUCUCCGACACCCCCACCUUUUUUUUCGACCAGCGCGAGGACCGCAUCAUCUCCACCACGGCUGCGCUUGGACUGCUACACCUGUGGGACCACACGGAGGGCCUCCAGCAAAUUGAUAAGUACUUCUACUCGGAGAGCACCUACGUGAAGGCUGGCGCGUGCCUCGCCUCUGGCAUCGUCAUGUGUGGGGUGAAGAAUCCCUUUGAUCCUGCGCUGGGGCUGUUAUCGGAGCAGAUCAACGCGCGAGAGACAGAGGUGGCUGUUGGUGCCAUCCUUGGCCUGGGCUACGCCUACGCUGGCACGCGCAAGGAGGACGUUAAGGAGCUACUCAUCCCGCUGCUGGCGGACUCGGAGCAGAAGCUCUUGGUGCAGUGCAUGGCCGCCUACGGCCUCGCCACUGUGUUCGUGGCCUCUGCCGAUGAGGACAUCUCUGAGACGAUGAUGAACUGCCUCAUGGAGGUGCCGGAGAGCAAGCUGAAGGAGCCCUGUGUGCGUUACCUGAUCCUGGCACUCGGCUGCAUGUUUCUGGGGCGCCAAGAAGCCGCGGACACCCUACUGGACGCCACCCGCGCGCUACCGGCGGUGAUUCAGCGCUACACGGAGAUUGUGGUGCGCAGCUGCGCUUUUGCAGCCACGGGUAACGUCGUCGUCAUUCAGAGCCUCUUCCAUGUCAUCGCUGAGAACGACGACGCGCCCGAGAAUGACGAGGAGAAGAACGAGGACGAGGCGGGUGGGGGCAACGCCAACGAGGAGGCAGCAGCGAAGCCAGAGGGGGAGGAGACGGUGCCACUGAAUCACAAGGCGGCCGCUGUGCUCGGCGUCGGUCUCGUAGCCGUCGGCGAGGAUCUCGGGAUGGAGAUGACAAAGCGGGCCAUUAUUCACUCGCUGCUAGCGGACACUGUUAGCAAAGGUAAGGAUCCUAUGUCAGGGCGCUGCGCGGUGCCGCUGGUCUACGCUCUUCUUUCCGCCGGCAACCCCAACAUGCCGGUCGUGGAGACGCUGAAUCGACUUGCCCACGACUCAGACCUGCCGACAGCCACCAACGCUAUUACAGCGAUGGGUAUCGUUGCGGCCGGGAGCAACAACGCCCGCGUCGCCACGAAGUUGCACAGCCUCUCCUCUUAUUACCAGAAGCCAGUCUUUGCCGGGGCAACCUUUGCGGUGCGCCUGGCCGAAGGUCUCUGCGCGAUGGGUAAGGGGCACCUCACCCUCUCCUGUCUGCAGAACGACAACAAUGCAGUGAGCAUGACGGCACUGAUGGGUGUGCUGAGUCUUCUCCACAGCUCUCUGGACCUGUCGAACACGCUGCUUGGUGAAUGUCACUACAUGUUCUACGCGAUUACCCCGUCAAUUAGCCCGCGUAUGAUGAUGACUGUCAAUGAGAAUAUGGAGCCGGUCGACUCCGUACUGGUGCGUGUCGGUCUGCCAGUGGACACGGUGGCCCUACCGGGCAAUCCGAAAACAAUCACCGGCUUUCAAACUCAAAAGACGCCGGUGCUGCUUAGCGCGACAGACAAGGUGGAAUGCGCUGAUGCCAAGUAUGUGCCUCUUGGGACGGUACUGGAGGGCAUUUGCGUCGUGAAGGAGCGACCUCAGGGGGAAUAG